GAGGGGGAAAAUUCGAUUCAUUUACCUUCUUGUUCUCCGUUCUCCAAUGCGAGAGUUUCUCUUUUCUUCCAGUUCCACUUCCACUAUUUCUUCUUCACUUUCCGGGUCAUCUGCAGGUGUAGGUCAUGGAUUGCCUUUUCUGCAUCUGAAUGCACAAACGUGGGACGUGAAUUUGCGUCAGUUCAUCCUUUCCCGUGCACUGAACCACUAGAGGUUCUCAACUUUCCGCAGGCCUGGACUUCAAAAUAAUGUUUGCCCGGCUCUCGUUCUACCCUACACUGCUGUACAAUGUGGUCAUGGAAAAAGUAUCAGCCCGACGGUGGUACGACCGCAUUGACGAAACAGUGGUCUUGGGGGCCCUGCCCUUUCAAAAUAUGACAGAACAUCUGAUAAAGGAGGAAAACGUCAAAGGGGUUGUGUCUAUGAAUGAAGAUUAUGAGCUGUGGCUUUUUUCCAACAACGGAGACACCUGGAAGAAUCACGGAGUCGAGUUUCUCCAGCUCAGCACAACUGAUAUUUUUGAGACGCCUUGCCAAGAGAAGUUGCAGCAAGGUGUUCUGUUCAUAAACAAGUUCCAAAACACAGGCGGCUCAGUAUACGUCCAUUGCAAAGCAGGCCGUACAAGAAGUGCAACUUUGGUCGGAUGUUACCUUAUGCAGAAGCAUGGCUGGAGUGCGGAAAAGGCAGUGAGUUUUAUGACUGAGAAACGACCGCACAUUUUGCUCCGCAGCAAACAAUGGGAAGCACUUCGCGUCUUCUUUGACAAAAACAAUAUUAGAUGACAGGAAGCUAAAAACAUGGAAGCAGGCGAGCACGAAGAUGUUCUUGUGGCAGAAAUUGAAGAGCCUCCUUCAAUCUGUCCCGCUUAGGGCCAUUUAUAUUACAGCGGUACUUUACUUACAGAUUGUACGCAAAAACCUACUUUUUUUCUAUAUUUUCAAAAUUUAAUAUACUUAAAAAUGAACUUUUAGGCAGGUUUAUUAUUUAGAUCUGUCGCAUCAUUUUUAAACUAGCUUGAUGAAAGUAUAUCAAAAUGGAAUUAAAACAUCAAAAUUUUUUAAGCAGUAAAAAAGGGCAGAGAGAAUUAUUGAUGAAUAAGCUUUUAUACAGUUUCGGUAAAAAAUGAAAGUCAAUUUUGGUAACACCAUUCAAAAUCAAUAAUGGAAAUUUUUCAUAUCAGAAAAAAUUGCAGUAUUAUCAUGAGAACCAGGAAUAUCUAUGAUAAAAUUUCUGCAGAAAUAAUUACUCUUGGCUAUAAUAUUUCAAGCAUGCAAUUAUUAUAUUUGUUGAUUUUUAUGAGA